CCUCUGAACCCAUGUCAGACCCCACCAGGAGCACAAGUUCUGGCCAGAGAGCACGAGUCUCUUACAUUCAUUUCAGGAGCCCUUGCUGGUUUUUUGUGCCUUGAAAAGGGUUCAACAGACACAGCCAAAUCUAAUCAUUCCCCCUCCAGGAAUCUAGGCCUCUGAUCUUCUCAGGAUUUCAGGGUACCAACCCAAGCAGCUACCAAAGGGAGGUGAGUGGGAGGUAGGAAUUAAAAUUCUACAUUCCCAACCCUUGUCUCUGCAGCUGUGCUCCCUGCCAUCCCCUCCCCUCCCUCUGUGUAAGAUAAAACACUGAAGGGAAGAUGGGAGCUCCCAGAUUGUCUUUAUUCAUAUUUUAGGUUUUGCUUCCUACUCAGAUCUGGCAGCCCUUUCGCUGCUGAAACCCUGUGAGUUUCCCUGAAGCAGGAAGGAAAGCAAGGAGAGCGCUUUCGGGAUUCCAAGGGUGGGAGCGCUCCAUACCUUUCUCUAGCACCCCCCAUUAAUGGCCUCAAGAACUCCCAUCCCACUGAGAUCUGGGCGUUCGUUCCUUAACCUGGGAGGAGAAUGUGGAAUUGAAAUGAGGAGAGAGAAUCAUUACUGAACAUCAAUCUCCAUAAAGCUUGGGGCGCCAGUCACAGUAGAGAAAAAGACCCCAGCGCCUCUGGCAGUGCUAAUCUUAGGCUGGAAAUGGCCCCUUCCCUAACUUUGAGGCUGGCAGGGGCACCAAGCCAGAAUCCAGGUCCCCAGGGCCCAGGAAGGGAGGACGCUGAGGGCCAGAAGCCCGGUCCUGGGCUCUGAAAGCCAGAGCCUACGGAUGAACUUCGCUAGAGUGGAUGCUGGAAUGAAGGUGUCUGUAAAGGUCACCGUCCCUGUGACGUCAUGGAGAGGUAGGCGGGUCUCCCUUUGUUGUGGUCCAAUCAGAAGCAGAGUUGAGAUUCUGGGCGUGGCCAGAUAGCCCUAGGAAGUACUUUUUCGGAUUUGGCCCUCCAAAGGAUACGUGACUGGAGUUCCUGGUGGAACCGGGACCUCCCGUGACACAUAUCCCCUUGGAAAAGCUCUCGACUUCACGCAGCCAAACUGUCCCUCACAAAACCUGAGUUACAGUCGUGGGAAAUAUUAAGGCAGAAGGACGCGGCACCGGGUUCCUCACAGUCUGAAUGGGAUCCUGAGCGAAUCCUGGGUUUGAAGGCACAAGUCAAGGAUCAAGCACCACCUGCUCUUGACCUGGGUGAGAGGACCCUCCUGGUGUUUUCUACUGAGUGCUCUGGCUCAAUGAGGCUGUGUUUUGCCCUCCCAUUGGCUGCACUGGCCAGCUGCCUGCUUCCUGCGGACUGUUGUAUCACAUGUGACCCGACAGUCAUAGCAGCAGUAAAGUCCUUGGAGACAGACUACCUGCCUGGGCACUUGGAUGCCAAAGGUCACAAAAAAGUGAUGGAUAUUGUACACAAAACUAUGAACGAAUUCAAGGAACUGCCGAUUAAAGAGGGUUCCUAUAUGGGAGCCGUAGAUGAAAAAACAAUAAAACAAGCAGCCUCGAAUUUCUUGAGGGAGCUGAAAGUCAUCACAGACAGUGAUGUAGAAGGGGAGGAAUUCGUGAGGCAGUUGUACUGGAUGUUGGACAAGGAAAAGGGGGAUUUUAUGCACGAAUCUGCUCAGUUCCUGAAGGAGGCUUUUUGUCCCAACAAAUGUGGCGUUAUGUUGCAGACUCUGAUAUGGUGCCGGAACUGUGAGAAGGAGGUUCAUACAUGCCUGAAGUCCAAGACCUGCGGGGAGCGCCAUGUGGAGGUCCAUGAAAUGGAAGACAUGAUCUUGGACUGUCUGCUCACUUGGCACCAUAUUUCUGAAGGCCUCACAGACUACAAAUUUUACAGGGUUUGGGAGAACAAUUCUGAGACCUUGCUGUACAAGGGGAAGGAAUCAACCCUGACAAAGCCAAGGGUGAGUGAAGCGGAUGAAGGCAAAUAUCGCUGCCAGCUGGACACGGUGAAGUCGGGCCCAGCCACCAUCAUUUCAUAUCGUGUCAAAGUGAUACCCCCAAAUGCCCGUGAAGAGAAACCAGGAUCACACAUUGAAACGGAGGAGGAGGGGGGGAAUAUUCCAGUUAUCCCAGACCAGCCGGAGACCAUCAUCACGACCACGACCACCCAUUCCUCCGACACUGAGAGUAGGCUGCAAAACAUCCUCUUCUGGCUGCUGAUCUCCUUCUCUAUAUUCCUGAUAGUAGCACUUAUUCUCAGGCGAGUCACUGCAGAGAAUGGCGGGGCUUCCUACUGCCCAGUGCUGGAGCAGUUGGCAGAGCCACUGAGGUUUCCAGAGAUCUGGUGGGAGUUACAGCGUGGGGGGCUUACCUAGGAGGGCCAGGCGUUGAUAGUUGUUUGAAUAGGUCAGCUCUGUGGGGCUGGGAGUUGGGGAGUGGCUCUCAACUGCUUUCUACUUAACAUGGUUCCAUGAUUUGCAAAUCUCAACCCAUUCAAUCUCCCUCAGGCUUAUUUACUGGCGAAAAUCAAAAGAGAAACCAAAGACCUCAGAUGAGAGCCUUGAAAAUACAGCUUCUUAGCCGUCAAAAGACAAGGGCCUCAAAAGAGAACAAUAAUUAAAUACAUGUCGUGUGGUCUAAGUAUUUGACUCACUCCUCUUGACUGAAUAAUACCUUACGUUCCCUCAGAGGACAGAUCAGGAGAUGGGCUCCUGCCUCAGGGAGGAGGGUGAGGAACAUGGCACCACUGAUAUAAUUCCAGAACCAAGAAACAGGCCAGGGCCAGGCCUACCUAGAUCUCCUGCUCCAGGCCUGGUCUUCUCAGGACACCCCCUCCCACCUCUUCCUGUUGGGUUUCCUCUUGCCUUUUAAUGUCCCCACACAGUGCUGGGGCUGGGUCAGAGGCACAGGCUUUUCUAAAGGGAUCAGGAACUAACCCAGGACAUCAGAGCCAGGCCCUCUGGGUGCUGCCCAACCUGCAACAGGUAAGAACCAGGUAAGACUCCUGGGUCCCACUGCAGCCAUCAGUCCUCCUGGGCCUGUAGUCCAGGGCCCAUCCCUCUCCCCAGAUGCCCCUCCAUCUCCCAGAUGUCCCUCUGCCUCAUUCCCCUAACCCAGCCCAUUGGGGAUGUAUAUCCACCUUCCCUUAGGGCCAGGCUAUCUGGUGUAUUGAAGGAGGGUGGAAGCACCCCACCCCCUUUGGAAAGCUCCCUCUCCUGUGUGCCUGUGGAACCAUCCUCCCCACCAAGCCCCGGGCCACAGGCCCAUCCUGCCUCUGUCAUGUGAGUAGCCACAAAGUGGUCCACCUGCCCCUGGCCCACCUGCCUUCCAUCUGUCCCUGGUUUGGGCUCAUUGCUUUCUUGUCAGGGACCCUGAGAGACCUGUCUCCUGUUCCAGUCCUGAAUGGGCAAGGGAGCCUGGGUGAUGAGAGCAGGAAGUCAGAUACUGGUUUACCUGGGCCCAUGGGGGGAGAGGUGGGCUUAGGCACUGGGAUGAGCCGGUUGUGAUUGGCCUUCCUUCCUCUCCUCCUUGCUCACCUAUUGGGAAUGGGGGAUUGGCUUUUGUUUAUUUGAAUCUCUCUUUUCUGUGACUUCUACCCACCACCCAUCUUGGUAGACCCUGGGUCAUUGUCUAUUCUUUCUUCUCUGCUCCCUUCUCUCUUGGUCCCUGUCUCUCUCUUUGGCCUUUGUGUGCUUCCCUCUUCCUGGGACCCCAUCUCCGUGUCUGCUUGCCUUUCUGGGUGACUCUCUUGUGUCUUGCUUCACUGGUGGCUCCCAGGUAUUCUUCCUGUGACACCGCGAGCUGCAGCUGUAGGAUCAGUUGUCCCCAAUGUGCAGGUGGUGGGCGUGUGGGUGAAGUGAAUGCUGUAUGGAGACCCUCGAGGAACCACACCAAGCCCAUCUCUCAGCUCUUUCGUGGUUCGGGGACCGGGACCACCGAAUCUGGGGGCGCUGGAGGACUGAUGAGUCCCAGGGACGCGCAGCGCUGGGCCAGCGAGAUAGAACUGCUGGAGCCUCCAUUGAGUCUAGCACCACUGCAUCCCCGGGGAUCCUCAAGAUCAUUGGCAGGGGCCUGGCGUCGGGUGCCAACCACAAGCGCGUGCUGGCCACGGCGCGGGAGCUGGUGGCUGAAGCGCUGGAGCACUAUGGGUUGGCCAGCAGCCCAUGCGAGAGCAGCGGCGUGGACGUCUUCAUGCUGUGCGACGUGCUGGACCAACUAGCCAAGGCCAGAGUGGGCAGCAGCGAGUGGCGGCCAGAGCACCUGCGCGUGCUGGGCGACUCGGAGCGCCCACUGCUGGUGCAGGAGCUGUGGCGCGCUGCUUGGAGCAGGAAGCCUUCGGGGGCUGCGGUCAGUGAAGGUACCUGUGCCCCUUUGUGGCAGCCAGAGAAGAACCGUUCCAGAGUUGCUCCUGGUGGGGAGGUGCUGACCAGUCCUGGUUCAGCUGGUUCCAAGGGCGAGGAGAGCUGGGAAAACUUGCCCUUCUGGCGCAGCAUGUCAGAGCUGAGCCUGCACGGUCGACGGAAUGCAGGCAGGAGGCACUGAGCAUGGCCCCAGGGGCAGCUGAUUCCCCAGUAGAUCCUGCAGACCCCGGGAUGUUGAUCAGUUGACUCAUCCAGGCCCCCAGCAAUCACCCCUGCUAUUGUGGGAUUUGAACACAGACAGGGCACCAAGACAUUCAACAGGAAGGAAUUUAUUUAUUUGUGCCUGUAGAGACACAGAGGAUUGUUAUCCAAAGGCUGAGUAUGCAGGGAUGCUGGCCUUAUAUACCUCUGGCAAGCUCUUUGUCUCCCAUAUAAGGUAAUACACAUUCUGAUUGGGUAUUUUUAUGCUAUAGAGUUGCAACAAAGUUGAGACAGCAUCACACAUAACUGAGUUACAACAGAGUCACCCCAGAUUUACAGCAGAGUUGGCAUGCACAGUAAAUGUGACAUGUUGCCUUUUCUUUGUUCUGGGAGGGCCCUUACCCCAUUCUCCCCUUUGAUUCUCAGAUCCCUUUAGGGUCAAAGGGCAUCAUUCUGAUUUAAAGGCUUAUAUCUCUGUGACAUCAUAACACAUGCUGCCCAACCAUACCUCCAUGAGACUGGAGAUAGAGUUCAUAACCAGGGGUAAUAUGGCAGGGUAGGAGUUGGCAGGCUCCCAGCAUUAAACCCACAACACUUGUAAGAGUUUUGAAUCCCCCUCAAAUUGAAAACCAUCCUUUAAAUAAUUCCUUGUGAUUCCAACCUUUUCAGGUCUGGACCAAGACAUAAAUGACCUUUUUUUGUUUUGUUUUUUAAUCUGAUUUCUACUCUGACCUUGCCCUCAUCAUCUAUUUGUAGGUAACAGUUGCCCAGGUUAAAUUUCCCACUCAUCUCACCUUCAGAAGCAAGCAAGUAGUGUUUGAUGCUAAACAAUUCUGAUAAAUAGCAUUGUGCACUUGAAUACCUUGCUUAGCCAGUAAAUUGAGGGCUUGUGUCGUCUCAUUAGUUAUAAUUUCAACAACAGCUGUUAGCCUAAUGUUGUGAUUUAACAUAUACAUGGGAGUCCAGUACCCGCAGGACCCCUCUUCUGCCCAGGUGGCUGGACCAAAAUAGUGAAUUAUCCACUCAGGGGGCCACUCGUCAUCUUUCCAGUUGCCAGUUGCCAGGGCUUGCCACUCUCUUUGGGCCCCUUGGUCUUCAUAUACUGGGGCGCCCAACUACUCCCAUCUUGCUAAUGGAAGGAGGGAAAAAAGAGGGGCAAAUUGUCCCCAGUUCACCAGAUCUGGACCAGAAUUGGGGCAGUUUAGCAUAGGUGGCCCUUCCACGUAGCCAGUGUAGUUAUCCGGGUAGUUAUAUUACAGAAUUUUUGGCCCAGACAUGGUAGAGUCCCAACUGAGAUGUUAAACAGUUUUUCCUCUCAGGUAAGACAAUAUUUUCUAACAAUUGAGGUUUUGAGGAACCAGACACCAGUGGUUGAAGGGGAGAGAAUGAUUCCACUAUAGGGCUCAUGGGGGUCUAGCUCUUUAGCCUCCCAUGGCCACUGAUACCCUGUAUUGGUUUCUCUACACACAUGGCAAGAAGACAUGUUUAGAGAUUGAACCAGAGCCUCUGCCAAGGUUAGGAAUGGGUUUCUGUUUAUGGCGAAGAUAGGAGACAGGCUUUUCUCCAUUUCCUCAUAAAAGGAAUGAAAGAUCUGGUAGGAGGAAGACUUCAGUGAAGUUGUAACCCUUUUGAAGUACCAUUUGGUUCCAGGGCAGCACCUCCUCCAAACUAUACAUAGGCCAGUUGGAUGGCCUGUUCUCCAUCCUGAGUCUUCAGGGUCAACAAUAGUGAAAUUAACAAAAUUAUAGGCUUGCAAUUUAUAGUUGGUGUAGCAACACCCUUUUGAAGUUUGGGAGUUUUACUGUUACCACUCUGCCAGGUGACCCAUGCAACACAACUGUAAGAGGGACCAAAAAACUCAGCAUAAUCAGUACCCAUGGACCCCACACACCAUUUUCAGGCUGUUGACACAUAUACUUGACAUUGAACCUGUACCUCAUUUCCCCAGAUAUGUCUCCAUGUGAUGUGGUGGACUUACUGAGACCAUAGGGCAGGUAACAUCAAGUGCUCAAGUCUCACUCAUGACUUCCCAUGCAUCAAGGAUACUGACACUGGUUGCUUUAGAUUAGUCAACUGUGUAAAUUAAUGGACCUGUUUCACGUCGCCUUCUGGUCCCCGAGACUGUUCCCUGGCAGGAAAAAUGAUAAAGUAGGUUGUGGCAACACCUUGGCCUGAUUGAAUCAUGUGAAGGCCUGGGUCACAGGAUGAAGAGCUUAAAUCUAAAAAUGGGAGCCAGAUCAGAUGCUUCCAAUGGCAACAAAAUGCCCUAUCAAAAGGGGGUGAAGAGUGUACAACCAGAGAUAUGAAAAAUUGUGCUCUAUAUGUGUAAUAUGAAUUGUAAUGCAUUCUGUUAUCAUAUGUAACAUCAAAAUUUUAAAAAGAAUUUUAAAAGGGUGGGGUGAAGAAACUGCUAAUAGAAACUUUUCAAUCCA